AUUUCCCGUUAUAUAGCUUUCAUUAUUGUCCUUUGUUGGUGUUACCUGGGGGUGAAAUUAAUUCAAAACUUAGGCAAAUAACUGAUUCAAGGCGUUUGUUACCAUGUUGUGGGGACAAAAGCUUUGCCAAAAUUGAGCUUCGCUGGCUUGUAAUCAGAGAAUUCAAUCCGUCGUUUCGUAAAAAUUAACAGACACUUUCCUUCGCAAUUAACCACCCUUUGGUAAUGUUCGUGGUGCUUGUGAGUGUUGUCACAAUUAUGUCCGCUACAAGAGUAACUUUUAGUGCGAAAAGUCUCCAGUUAAAGAAUCAUUCUCUGGGCGAAGUCCAAGGAUGUUACAUUCACAAUCACACCUUGAGCGUUUGCUUCCAAAUUCGCAAAGGAUUUAUGAAAUUACUGAAGAUGAAUGGCGAUGAAAUUCUACAUUACAGGCAACUCACUCCUAAAAUGAUUCUUUACCAAGUCUUGGAUCAAGCAUUUGUUUGGUAAGCAAAAUCAGUAAAUUACUUAUUUAUGCGUGCACGGUAUUAGUCGCAACCGAAAAAAUCAAAGGCCUAAGCUAUCAGAACGAGUGAAAUCCUCGUAAUCAUGACUGCAGACAAAAUCUUUAACAAAUUUUACCUAAGCAAUAGUGAAAAUAAGGCUUGAAAACCAUUCAGGCCUGUACGGGAAUUUUUAAGUAGUGUUCAUAACUGCGAGAAUCGCUUACAUAUUCGUUUCUUUGUCCGAAGUUCGCAUAUACGAUUUCAUAUAUUUAUUGAACUUUAUUCAUAACUUAACGGGUCUAUUUGGAACCAAUCCAGUUGGCUUGUUAGCUCAGUUGGUAGAGCACUGUACCAGUAUCGCAGAGGUCAUGGGUUUAAAUCCCGUUCAGGCCUGGAUUUUUUUCAGGCCUUAUAUUUACUAAAACUCAAGUAGUGUUCAUUACAACGAGAACUGCUUUUAUAUUCAUUUUUUUGUCCGCAGUUCACGUAUACGAUUUUCAUCUAUUGACAGUCAGGAUAAUUAUUCCCUAAAAAUUUAUCAUUCAGGUUUAUUUUAUUGAGGGGUAAGGCAUAGUUUGCUGACGAAGUGCUGUUUCUUUGCGUAUUUUCGGCGAAAAAGUUAAAAAACAAAUUACAGGAUUUAAGUGAUAAUGAAAAUAAAAAAAAUGACAAUAACAAUAAUAUUAACAAUAAUAUCUAGAGCCGCACACUAAUCGUGCAUAGCUGUAGGGACGAGCACAGGCUUACUCAGAGAGCCGGUGAUGUCAUGAGUUCUUAAAAUUGUUCGCUGCGAUAGCCUAUUCGAUCUAAGUUGCUUAUUGUUGUUCACAUGUUUCCACAAGGUAUGACUCUUCCAUGACUCACGUCCCCACUAAAGUUCGUAGAACUCCAGAGGCCUUAGCAGCCUUGGUCAGAAAGAAGGGAACACCUGUGCUCCAAACCGUACAGAACCUCUAUCGAGAGGCCAUGUGCGAGCUUCACAAUGUACCGGAAGUCCAGCUACUGGAAAGACUUUCAGCAGCCCUAGCGGAUACUUCUACACAGUUGGAAACAAUGCAGCCAUUUCAUGCGCUCUGCCUGAAUGUUCUUAAAGCAUCGGACACAGAAAUUCAACCAGAGUUCAAGGCUGCGCAUGACUUGAACUUAGAUACUACUGGAAAGCGUAGCUGUCUGCGCCCGACGGAAAAUAACUGCCGAGGAAUGUGUGGCAAAGGAUGUUCGUGUUGGAGUUGGGUCUGCGGCGAUUGCUGCAGCCAUGAGGGUUGUUACGAGCAUGAUCUCUGUUGUAAGGAAAACCCAACAAGUCCACACUGCCUUUUCCCGUAUUUGUAUGGUUUUACAUGCUCCAGAUUUGGAGGUUAUAGGGAUUGUUUGAAUUGGAAAUGGUGGGGAUAACGUGGAUCGAGAAGUGGACCAAAAGACAUUGAUGACAUAAUGCUGGUGCAAUUAAAUGAUUAUAAAAACC